AUGUCUAUGGAUGCGAAGGACAUCGAUAUGUCCUACGGCAUUGAGAAGACGCCAGCUGUUCCUGGUGCCGAGUCAGUCUCUGCAACCGAGACCGAGCUUCAGAGAACACACACUCCUCUAAAGAAGCAGUUCAAUUCUGUCACCCUUUUAUCCAUGGCUUUCGUGAUAUGUAAUAGCUGGGCUGGAAUCUCCGGCAGCAUUCAACUGGCACUGUUACAAGGAGGACCUGUCACUCUUAUCUACUCAAUUAUCAUCAGCACGUCAGCAUACCUUGCUAUUGCUGCCUCUUUAGCUGAGCUAGCGUCUGUUUACCCAACUGCUGGAGGACAGUACCAUUUUGCAUCUAUCCUUGCCCCGUCGAGACUCAGACGGGUCUACCAGGGAAUGGCCUUUUUUGCGCUCGUGUAUAACAUCUUCGCGCUCAAGCGCGCGCCUUGGACCCAUAAUAUUGGCUUCUUCCUCACGUUGUCACUAUUUUUGACAUCUUUCAUUGUGAUCCUAAUUCGCGCUAGCCCGAAGCAACCAAGCACCUUUGUCUGGACAACCUUUAUCAACGAGACCGGCUGGCCAAACGGUGUUUGUUUCUUGACCGGCCUUUCUACCUCAUGUUAUAUGUAUAAUGGCUUGGAUGCAUCCAUGCAUCUGGCCGAAGAGUGCAGCGAGCCUGAACGAACAGUCCCACGGACUAUUAUGGCCGCUGUGGGCAUCGGAUUUGUUACCGCAUUCUCAUAUACGGUAGCCCUACUCUAUGGUCUGACUGAUAUUACGCAAAUAUUGACCACAACGGGGUGGAUACCUUAUAUUGUUUAUGUACAAAUAUUUCGAUCAACGACAAUAGCAAAUGCGCUCACAAUUAUUGGUGUCGUAAUGGCAGUCUUUAUAAUCAUCGCCGUACAGGAAACAUCUUCUCGCCUUGCGUGGUCCUUCGCUCGCGAUGAAGGAAUUGUGUUCUCUAAAUUUAUCAAGCGGAUUGAUCCGAGACUUGAUGUUCCGAUCUUUGGACUUCUUUCCACCUGGUCCCUGGUGUUUGUGUGUGGUUUGAUCUAUUUGGGUUCUGCAACUGCAAUCAACGCUCUUAUUGGAGCCUGUAUUAUUCUCCAGGAACUAUCAUUUGCUAUCCCCGUGGUACUACUUCUUUACCAAGGACGGUCCACAAAAUUUUUGCCGCCAAAGCGGCCCUUCAAAAUGCCGCAUGUUCUAGGCUGGGCUGUCAAUAUCUAUGUUGUGAUGUUCACAAUUUUGACACUAGUCUUCUUUAACUUGCCGAUCUUCAUCCCGACAAAUGCUUCUACAAUGAACUACGCGUGCGCGAUUCUCGGGGUUGCCUUAGUACUCGGUUUGCUGAACUGGUGGCUCUAUGCCAAGAAGCAUUACAAUGGGCCUGUGGUAGAGUUCUAUGAACAGGCAAAUUGUGCCCAGGAAGACUGA